AUGCACGGCGGGCUGCCUCUGACCCCGCGAGGUUGGGCAGCUCCUCCAAGCGGCAAACUCUCUGCUGCUUCUACAUUUCCACCGUCCCCUGCAGAUGCCGACGAAAACGGCGCACUAGAUAUCCGUGAGGACCACCGAAGCGACCGCAAGGCUAGAAAGCGGGGGGAGAGGGCGCGCACAUCUACUUGGGAACCACACAGCCUGAGCCAAGCACCCCUUAGUGCGCUGAAGCUGUUUAAGGGGGACACACUAGUUUCGAAAAAGGAGAUCAAGCAGGCACAGAGGGAUCGACAGGAGAAAAAGCGGAACCGAGAGAACAUUGCGCUCAAGAAAAAGAAGGAGGAAAUCGAGACAGCGUUCAACGCAGAAGUGGAUAUUGCAGAACGGGGUGUAGAGCCGUACAAGGCCAGUACGCUGAAGCGCUGGCUGAAGCUUGCGGUCUAUUUCCUUAAUAAUGGCGGCAAGCUGCCUGAAUAUGGUUUUUUAAAUGACAUCUAG